AUGGGCUUCGCCUUGAAAUUCCUCCAGUGGUUCAUCCGCGGCGUACAACUAGGCUGCUCGGUCAUCAUCCUCGGCAUCUUCUCCUACUUCCUCGCAACACUGCACAACCACUCUCUCCCAAUCGACAAUUCGAUCCGCGCCGUUGAGGGCAUCUCUGGCGCUGCGGUUCUUUACACUCUCGCAGGCCUGCUCCUCUUGUGCUGCAUAGCCGGUCGCUCCUUCACCUCCUUCAUUGCCAUUGUCAUCGAUGUCGCCUUCAUCGGCGCCUUCAUCUAUGUCGCCGUAGCCAACCGCAGCGGCGCCAGCUCGUGCUCUGGUAAUGUCAACACGCCCUUUGGCGACGGCCCCGCCGACGGCGAGCCCACCAACACCGGCAAUGAGGGCUGGACGCAUCUCCCCAGCCUGCGAACUGCUUGUAAGCUGCAGUCCGCCUGCUUCGCUGUCUCCAUCAUUGCAAUAAUUUUCUUCAUCCUCUCCGUCCUCGUCGAGGUCGCCCUCGCCCGCCACCACCACAAGGAAAAGCGCUUCGGCCCCAGCCCCAAGAACAACUAUACCUCGGGCUCCGGCGCCAAGCCCGGCUUCUUCAGCAGCUUCCGUCGCGGCAAGCGUGCCGUCCCCGAGACCAACGAGAAUGCAUUGCCCAUGCACACCAGCCCCGACCAGGUCCGUCCCAGCUACGCCACCGAUACCACCGCUGUCGGACAUGAAGCGACAUACCCCAAGUACGAGGGCGCCUACGCCACCAACGGCAUCAACGGCUACAACCACGGCCAGGAGACUGGCACCACUGGCGCCACUGGCACCACCCACCCGCCCAACAACUACCACUACAAUGACGGUGUCUACGAUAGAGUCUAA